UCCGUACAGCCUCUCCCUCACCAAACAGAGCCCGGGCCGGAACUGACUGCGGAACUGCUUCGUACACAAAUUAAAAUGACAGAUGUCACGGUGUUUUUGUCAUGUUCGUUGUUUUUUAUUUCAAUUUUGCGUCCAGGGAUCGGGGCAGAAGUGUCCUUGUGGAAUGUCGACAUCAACUCAUCACAAAAUGCCGUCUUCAGGAAGACAUUGUACGCCAACACAACCAUCUUUAUGAGAUUCCAGGGGGACUUGGCUUUAUGUGAUUCCAACCUGGCCUUCAACAUCAGUUGGUACCUCCGUUCCUCUGUCUGCUACAAUGAAGUCUUUAAUACUCCAGACAACAAGGCACUGACUAUGUUUGGUCUGGAUCACAUGCUGAAGGAGGACUGGAAUGGCUUCUACAGCCAGGGAUACAUGUACUUUGACAACUGCUCAGCUCUUUUUCUACCCAAGGUGUACUACACAGACUUCAGCACCUAUCAGCCCCUCAUCAGCCCACAGAGUGAGGAAGGCAGGCCUUCCAAUCAGAGCGCUCCACAGGGGUGGCUGGAAAAGCCGGAUAUAGGUGCGGUGGCCAAGGCGUGGUUCGACAGCCCCUACCUGUUUAUAGUGAAGGUGCAGCCGCAGCAGCGUGGAGAUGCCAGCGGGGGGCGCCCUGGAGCAGAGGAGGAGGAGACUAAUGAUGUCCCGGGAAACCUGGCCUUUAUCAUGACCGUGGAGAUGAAGGGACCUCGUGAAUACUCCUCCCCUGCAGACUGGCCUCUUAUGAUGGUGUGUUUCUAG